CAUAAAGUAGAGUGCGGCACCGAGAGUGUGCGCUGACCUGCCGUCCUGUUCCUUCGUGCCUUGAGGUUUUGGAGGAGUAAUCGAAGAUUCAGAAAAAUGGAUGAACGGGCAUAAUGUGUGUAAUCACAGAAGAUUUGAAAAUUAGAUUCGACUGUUUAUUUAUACCCUGACUGCUCCUCGCUUAUCAGUACGAGAUGUAACAGUGGAAUAAAAGGGUUAAUUUUGGUUCACAGGCAGACAGCACAGCAGAGUGGAAGGGCGAAAAAGGCACAAAGGGACGGAGCGAAAUGCAGAAAGUAGCAAUGUCAAAAUGACCAUCGGAUAACUGACCAGGUCGUCCUCUUCUCGUACUGCUGAACUUGCCUUAAAACGAAAGUGAAAAUAAAAAUGAAUACUCCAAACCGGAAAAGUAGUAUCGAAAGGGUCACUAGGCCGAGGCCAGCGAUUCCACACCAGAUAGAAGAGGGGACAGCGUGACAAAUGGCAGCCCAGAAGCUGAUGGACAUAAGAAUAAAGUUCAUAGAAGGUGCCAAUGUCUCUCUGAUUAAAGACAUUGUGGAUGACAUGCUGGACCUGAAAGUCCUGAAUGAGGGGGAGAAAGAGGAGGUGAUUGAGAGCAACAGACUCACCAGGGACCGGGCUCGUUCGCUGAUAGACAUGGUGAGGAAGAAGGGUAACUCUGCCAGCGAGAAGUUCUUGGAGAAGCUUUUGAGUCGGGAUCACAACUUGUUCACCUCUAUGGGGCUGGAGAAGCAUUCCCAGAAGCUGAUGGACAUAAGAAUAAUGUUCAUAGAAGGUGCCAAUGUCUCUCUAAUUAAAGACAUUGUGGAUGACAUGCUGGACCUGAAAGUCCUGAGUGAGGGGGAGAAAGAGGAGGUGAUUGAGAACAACAGACUCACCAGGGACCGGGCUCGUUCGCUGAUAGACAUGGUGAGAAAGAAGGGUAACUCUGCCAGCGAGAAGUUCUUGGAAAAGAUUUUGAGUCGGGAUCACAACUUGUACACCUCUAUGGGGUUGGAGGUCCAGUCAAUUGCAGUGAAAAAGUCAAAAGUUGACUUGCAAGAAACAUCUGGACCUCAGAGGACCCAGUCUGCUGGACCAGAGACGUGGUUAAAACUCUCAACCCCUGAAUUCAUCAAGAAUAUUCAGGAGAAGGAAGCUGACUCGAUUUAUGAAGUGUUUGAUAAAAGAGAAAGAAAGCGCCUGGCUCUGCUUAUUAACAAUGUUGAGUUUGACAAUCCUAAAAUGAAAAGGAAUGGGGCGAUGGAGGAUCAGAGCCAAAUGAAGAGGCUCCUGGAAGAACUGGGGUACACAGUGGAUAUCCACAACAAUCUUAGUGCACAGGAAGUGGAGAAAGCCCUUAAGAAUUUUGCAUCACAUGAAGACCAUAAGCUUUCUGAUAGCACAUUUGUUGUUUUGAUGUCUCAUGGACUCCGGAAUGGGAUUUGUGGGAAGCACUACCAAGAUGGAGAUACAGACAUUUUCUGUAUUGAUAAAAUCUUUGAUAUAUUGAACACAAAAAACUGUGGUGCACUGAGGGAGAAGCCCAAGGUUAUCAUCAUCCAAGCUUGCAGAGGAAGUGAAAAUGGUUCUGUAUGGGUUAGUGACUCCUUGCCACCUCUUAGUGAGGAUGGCUUGAAAAAAACUCACAAAGAAAAAGACUUCAUUUGUUUCUGUUCCAGCACUCCAGAUACAGUGUCAUGGAGACAUCCUCACGAAGGGUCAUUACUUAUCCAAAGAACAGUGGAGGUUUUCCGCCAAAAUGCUUGCCAUGAUCACAUUGAAGAACUGUUCAGAAAGGUUCAAAGCCGGUUCCAAGAAUGUCCUCGUCAAAUGCCAACCAAGGAGAGAACCACCCUCUUAAAGAAAUUUUACUUAUUCCCAGGAUUUUGAGGAGAACCUUUGAAUAUGCUAGUGAAAACAAUCAUUCCAGUUUUGUAUAUUUCUUACAAUUUUUUUUUGCUAAAUCUUAAUCCUUAACGUACAAUGCAUGAAAGUGCUAUUAAAAUGCAAAUAAUAUAGUUCAUUAAAUGUUAUUUUCAUGAGAUUAUGGGUAAUUAUUUUUUGAUCUAUAGUACUUUAUUUUGUUGUGUUGGUCCAAGUUUUCUUUAAUUUUUUUAUAUAGUAGGGUUUUUUACAAUAAGAGUUUUAUUUUUUCAGAUAACUGAUAUGUACUGCAUAUUCAUACUGUUUCCUUUCCAUUGUGACUGCCAUGGACAAAAAAGGGAUACUUCUAUUAUAUCAAGGCUGUGCUUAUUUCCUGAACGAAAUAUUUUAGGACCUCAAUGACCCUAAAUGGCAGUAAGUGGGUGUGAAGUAGUUAUGUAUAAUUUUAGGGUCAUAAAGCAGUUGUGAGGCUUUAACAUUGCUUUAUAGUGUUUCAUGUAUUAAUCAUAGACUAAGGUCCUCCUCUUCUUAGCUUUAGGACAAAGUGUGUCUUCCCCUAGAUGAAUGUGUUGUACAAAUUUGGGGUGAGAGUGACAACCCGGAAAUUCUACAGAAUAACCUCUCUAAGUGAUAUAUAAAUAUCUUGAAUUUCUCCGGGUGAUAUUUAAAUAUCAUGAGAAAGAGUGUGAUUUUCACACAUUCUUUUUCUGCAGUUGUGUUUUAGAGAUUCAGAAGAAAUGUGAAUACGAAUAGGUACAACAUGAGGAAGUUUGUUGUUUCCUUAUUUGAACAGACUAAUAUAAUUUCUUAUGUAGGAAAUAUAUGGUUGUGUUUUUGAUGGAGAAAUAGGGUAUGUAAAAGGUAUCCACGCCAAACUGUGUGUAUCUGAAAAGGCUAUUCCAAAAUUUUUUACGGAAAGGCCUGUGCCCUAUGCGAUAAGAGAUACAGGGAAUAAACAGUUAGAAAUUUUAGUACAACAAGAAGUAUUGAACUCAGUAUCGUAUGCAGAAUGGACAGCUCCAAUUGCAUAUAUCCUGGUCUGAUGGGAGUAUAUGUAUUCGUGGGGACUAUAAGGCCACCAUUAAUCCAUUACUAGAUAUAGAUUCCUACCCUAUUUCCCACACUCAAGAUUUGUUUGCAGGAGUUGCUUAUGGUAAACAGUUUUGUAAAAUAAUUUAGCACAAACAUAUCAGCACAUUGAACAGGUUAUAUUUAAAUCUUAAUACAAAAUAGGGGCUAUUUCAGGCGAACAAAUUACCUUACAGAGUAACCAACGCCUUAGCCAUUUUCCAGCACGUAAUGGACACUUUGCAAGGUUUGAGCAGAGUGAUCUGCUAUUUGGAUGAUAUUUUGGUUACUGAGCUCAACCAGGAGGAGCACUUAAAGAAUCUAGAAGCUGUGCUGAACAGGCUAAAGCAAUAUGGGUUUAAGGUUAAUUCAGAAAAGUGACCAUUCUUUCAGUGUCAAGUGAAGUAUUUAGGGCACAUAGCUGAUAGUGAAGGAAUAAGGCAUACAAAAGAAAUUGAGAGGGCCCCCACACCCUAGAAUGUAUCAGAACUGAGGUCAUUCCUAGCGCCAGUGAAUUAUUAUGGAAAAUGUAUCCCCAGCCUUUCAAAACGUAUUAAACCUAUGACAGAGUUACUUCAGAAGGGACAAAAAUGGCUGGGGUCAGACUGGGUGUAUACAGCUUAUGUGAAAACCAAACAGCAAUUUCGUUCAGAAACAUCACUGGUUCAUUAUGAUCCGAGAUUACCCAUGUCCUUAGCCUGCAUAUGAUGUGGGAGCUGCUAUUGCAUACAAGUAAGUAGACGGCACAGAGAUGCCCAUUGCAUAUGUUUCUCAUACACUCAAUAAGGCUGAGCAGAAUUAUUCACAGAUCGAAAAGGAGGCACUUGCAAUUAUUUUCGGACUGUUAAAAUUUCAUAAAUACCUAUAUGAGUUAGUUACUGAUCAUAAGCCCCUAGUCAAAAUUUUAGGUCCAAAAACAGCAAUUCCUACCUUAGCUGUUGCGAGACUACAAAGAAGGGCAUUCAUUUUGGCAUCUUAUCAAUAUGAGAUUUGAUUUAAAAGAUCAGCUGAGCACAUGAAUGCUGAUGCAUUAAGAAGAUUGCCGUUAAAAGAGACUGGUCUAAAUUCAACCUUAGAAUAAAAAGUGUCUUUGUUAGAUGUUCUUCCAGUUUCAGCAGCAGAUAUUGCUCAAGCGACAGCUAGAGAUUCAGUGUGGAAGAAGGGGAAAUUCUAUACACUGACUGGGUGGCUAGAGUAUCUAAGUAAGGAUGAAUUGAAGCCUUAUUUUCAGAGGAGAACAGACACAGUAGAGAACAAUUGUGCACAUUGGGGGCUAAGAAUGCUAAUUCUUGUAUCGUUACAUAGUACCCUACUGGAGAAGUUACAUGUGGAACUCUCAGGAAUAGUAAAAAUAAAAGUGAUAGCCUGGAGUCAUAUUUGGAGGCCAGGAUAGGAUAGACAGAUAAAGGAAAUGGUGGCUGUAUGCAGAUCCUGUUAAGAAAACGGGAGUCUGCUAGAAAAAGCAUGAAAGACCCCGACAGAAACGUCACUUGGAUUUUUAUGGAAAAGGAUGUUUUUAUUGUUAGUGGAUGCCUAUUCUAGGUGGGGCCAGAUUUUUACCACUAGUUGGUUGAGGUUUUGAGAAAACAAUUUGCUGCCUAUGGUCUUCUGAACGAGACGGUAUGAGACAAUAGGUUAUAAUUCAAUUCUGCUGAAUUUGACAAGUUCCUUAGACUGAAUGCAGCAAGACACAAGACUUCAGCACCCUAUUGUCCACAAGGCAAUGGAGAGGUAUAACAUAUGGUGCAAAGAAUCAAAUUAGAAUUUGAAAAACAAACAGGGUGCCAAAGAUCAUUAGAGCUUGCUUGUUUACUUAUCGUACCACACUACAUGCUAGAACAGGAAAGGCCCCUGUGUAGAUGUUUCUGAAUAGACAUGGUUGUGGUCAUGGUCGUAGUUGUGGUUUACAAUGAAGCAACCAUUUUACAAAAUUAUGAGAGAGAAACAAAAGGAUGCUGAAAACCAAGAGGGAACUAGAGAAUGUAUGCCCCUACAAAGUGUUAGUUAGAAUGUAUUGGGGUAGAGAAGGCUAACGUUGGGUGCCAGAUAAAAUUAUAAACAAAUUGGAUAAUGUCCUGUACCUUGUACGGGCAAAAGGCAAGGUGAUAAAAACAUAAUGUAAAGCAAUUGUUAGCCACAGGGGUGGAAUCUGAACUGGUUGAUCAAGCUGAAACUGGUGCAGUGGAAUGGGAAACAUCCAUACCCAUUACUGCCGAUGUUCCAGAGACAGAACCUACUGGGGCUGAGCCAGAUAUAAUUGAGGGAAACAGCAGUAAUCCCAGGCAAAACCUUACACUUCUGGCAGAGGUUUCUGAAGAGUGUUUCGGGGCUCAUCCAAAAUGGAUAAGAAAGCCCCCAGAAAGGCUGAUGUUAAAAAUGUUAUUUUGAUUAGUGGGGGAAAAGUUUAGGAUAGAACUUCUUGGUUGUUUUGUCUUUUAUUAAAAAAGGAGUUCUAUUUUGGCAAUUAAAGGGUUGUAUACCAUGCCUUGGCAUAGAGUAUAUCCAUAUAAGGUACUGGAUGUAUCCUUUGUUACUUUUAUUGCAUCAGACUGUUCUUUUAUAUUGAGGAUCAUGGUUCAAAUAAAGUAGUUGUCAACUGCA